AUUGCCAAGCUACCCUGACAGAGCUACUGAUCUAGCGCCGAAAAAUUCACCGAUUCCCCCAAAGUGUCCCGUUCCCAGUCUCCGAGAUAAACCAAGAUGCCAAGUACUGAAGUUUGCAUGAGCCGCAAGAAAGCCAACACCAGAUUCAAAAAGGCUUCACCUACCAGCGACACGAUGAAGAUGUCUCCCGAGCAGAAAAGGCGCUUUUUGGCGUUUGCUGAUCCCAGCGAACCGAAAGUGAAGGCCAUGCUCUCUACGGUUGUCCUGAAGGACCAGAAGGCUGUGGAAGAACAGGAAAAGGUGACGGAGCAGAAGAGACUUGUUGGGAUCCUCAAGGCGGCUGAGGCUCGGAACCGCCUUCGAAACUCAAGACUUCAGUAUCAAAAUUUGAGAGCACAAGAGAUCCACUUCUUGAUCUCCUUCCAGAGGACCACUAAAGGUGCCGUGCGACUGGAGGUCUUCCUCCCACCCAGGAAGAACCUUGCUAAACUAUCUGACUGCAUGAACACCGUUCAGAGGAGACGAAUUGAAGAGAUACUGGAAGAUGAAAAUGGUGAGAUUUUUAUUAGAAGGCCUUGAACUGCACACGGAUCGACAAAGGGAGAAGAACAUGGACAGCGAGAACCAGCUGAGAGAGAGUAUUUAGGAAGGUUGCAGCUUAGUAACGUUAGUGCAGUGCAGUUCAAUAAA